GAGUCCAAGCAUUGUGCAUGUAAGCAUGUCUCGUAGUUAAAUAACAUUUCGACCCCUCCCCGGGCAGUCCCCUUCCUUAUAAAACCCCGAGGUGAACGGUGAAGCUUUGGGGUUUGUGAAAACGUCCACCCAAGGGGACUAUUGCCGUCAGCCUGGGUCAAGGACUGUCACCGGCACGUAAAGCAACCUGCAGCCGCAAAGAAAAACCAAACCACCCCGAUAAGAAAAAUGCCUCCCUUCGAGAAAUCUAUGGAGCUGAUGCCUUUCAAGCAAAGGAAAUGCCUUGCAACAAGAAAACAUGAAGUGUGCAGUAUUCGUACCAAAUUCCCAAACAAGCUACCCGUGAUCGUAGAACGUUAUCUCCGCGAGAAGACCCUUCCCCUAUUGGACAAGACUAAAUUCCUUGUUCCAUUUGAAUUGACCUUGGGUCAGUUCCUCUGUCUGCUCAGGAGUAAGAUUGACCUGGAGUCCACCCAGGCUCUGUACCUACUGGUGUCAGAGAAGAGCAUGUCCAGCAUGUCCUGUAGUAUGGGGGAGAUCUACUCACAGUACCGCGAUCCCGAUGGCUUUCUUUACAUUACCUAUGCCUCACAGGACAUGUUUGGAGGGGACACGGAUGCUACCCCACCCCGUUGAAGCCAAAUCAUGGGCUCCCUCUCAGUGGCUUAAAGAUCUGUCCUCUCCUCGCUUCCCGUCUUUCACUGACCGGAAAGACCUGACCAGUUGAAAGCCUGUCCAAGUAAUGAUGAGCUCCCACCAUAUUGUUUUAAUCUCAUGAAGGGACAGGGAAAGGAAGGAGUCGGGGAGAGGUUUGAUAUUAAAGCAAUUGCGGUUGAGCUACAGUCUUUGUUAUCCAGCUCCUCUACCUCAUAAAUGGACUGCGAAUCACUGUACGGUAACUUCGUCCUUCUUAUAGUUGAUUUCUGACCACAUCCAAUUUAGUAGGACUAAGAUGAUUAGACUGAGAAGGUAGACAACUCCAUUUGAUUUAUUGAUUUAUUCAAUUAGAUUUAAGAAAAACCUCUGUAAUAGCUAACGACUCAAAUAUCAGAAGAGGUCAUUGUGGUAACACUGGAGAAGGUUUGUAGAGGGGUUUUGUGUGGACUCAACCUGACACAAGUGGAAUUCCCUCCUGUUGAGAUAACAAAUCACUUCCAGGAACCACGGAGGUCCUGUAGGUGCUCUGGGGACCCUGUAUCUCCUAUCAGUCAGCUCCUCUGCCCCUCAAAGGAAACAUGUCAAAACACGAAAAUGAGGUCAAUGUCUGCUGCUUAUCAAUUCUGACUUCUUAGCACUUAAAGUUCUCCCUUUGGUUUUGCUCGUGAAACUUUAUUUUUUCCCACAAAAUGUGAAUUUGUGAUCUUCACGCAUAGUGUUUUUACACAGAAUGUUACAGGUUAAGACAACGUCUUACAUGUGCUAUUUGAACAGUUUACUUUCAACAACAACUGUAAGGUGUUCGUGUUGUACAUCUAAUUGUGCUGUGCUCUAGAAAAUCAAAUGCAAUUGAAAUUCCCCAAUAAACUCCUUAUCUUUUUAAUUGA